CAAUUACUGAGCACUCUGUGUGUAUAAGAUUACAGUACGUUACAAUAUGUAUUUAACAGUCAUAAUCACAAAAGUAGCAACAGUAUUAUCAGUAAUAAAGGCUGUAGUAGUAUGUGGGAGAUGGAAAAUACUGAUACAUAAUGUGUAGUUGCUGUUUCAAAUGGAUAUUCUGCUGUUGUAAACUGACGCACGCACACACACACACACACAAACACACACACACACACACACAGGCUUGUGUCUGUCAGAGUGAAGCCAUUGUUAUGCUAAUUAAUGAGCAGCAUGUAGUUGAGUGAGACAAGGUGACAGCUCAAGUACUUCAAGAUGGCUUUAAAAUUUCUGAAAUUAGUCCUUCCUCUUCCCAAACUGUGGGUCCAAUCAUCGAUCUGAACAUACCACAAGAGAAAUACACUCUUCCCGAAUGCAGACAUAUAUAGCUUUCAUGUUUGUGGAGUCAAAAAGCGAUCUUAGUCGCAAGUUUACAAUGUCUAGCUCACAGGUGACACAUUUGCUCAUGUUAUUUUCAGAGGCACUAGCUCAUUUCCUGUUGGAUUUAGGUCAGUGGUGUCAAUGAGUGAUUUGUAGGUCUCGAGGAGAUGAAGAAGCCAGUUUUGAUUUGAUCUUUCUACACCGUUCCUAAAGGGCACAACAGCCAUUUUAGUGUGUCUAGAUAGCGCAAAAAUUGUCAAGAGGUUUUGUGACAUGUCACCUUUAACAGGGCAUAAAAUCCAAACCGUUCGAGUAAUGACAAAGUUGUUCAGAGGAAUUGUUUAGCAGGGCUUGGUCUGUCAUCUAUGCAUGUAUGAAGUCUAUACAAUAAACGGUGUAGGAGGAAAUAUUUUUUUAGUAAGAGAAUUUUUGAAAAAUGACAUCUUACUUUGAAAGGGCAAAUAGCUCACUAACUGUUGAAUUUAGGUCAGUGGUAUUAGCGCGUGAUUUGUAGGUCUUGAUGAGACAAACAAGCCAGUUUUGGUUUUGUCUUUCUACAACAUUGGUACCUUCGGUUGCCCUUCAGCCGAAGUCCCUAAUAAUAAACGCAUCAGAAACAAGAGGGACUUCGUCCUUCGGCCGAGGUCCCUAAUAAUAAACGUACCUUAAACAACAGGGACUUCGUCCUUUGGCCGAGGUCCCUAAUAACACAUAAAUGGUAUCAUUAGUCUUCUUGCUUGAUUCAGUGUUUCUCCUACAUUAUAUCGGGGGGCACUGACCUGACCUGACCUGACACAGUUAUUGUUAUGGACAGUGUAAAUAACCAUCAACAGACGGAGCACAGUCAAACACGCUGCUCACACAGCAGCGCAGCAUGGCACUGUACACACAGUGGAGUGAGCCUGUGUUGCGUUCAGGCGUUGUCACGUAAAUGACAAAUUACAUCACGCCGUAGCACAACACAGCAGCAUGUCAAGUGGGCCGAAACCGAGCAAAAUUGCUCAAUUUUUCAUUUAUUAUAUAGUUUGUUAUGGAGUCCGUGAUUUCUCCAUGACACUUACAAAUGUUUGCGUAAUUGUGCUUUGUUGUUUUAUGAGGCUCUGCCGGCUUUCAGUAGUCCCUUUGUCUUUAACCCUUUAAAACCGGCGGGAGCGCCCGCGAUCCCAUUUGCAUAUUGAUUUUUAAAUGCCGGUAGAAUUGCAACCAAAUAAGAUAGAGCAAUAAUUCUUUUUGCAUUUAAAACCGGAGGAGUUACUCUAACUUAUCAUGCAUUCAUCAUGUCCCAGAGCGCUGUUCCCUUGCACUGAUAGGUUUGUAGAAAAACAGUAAAAAGCGCACAGAACAAAAACAUUAUAAUCCUGAUCACGGGUAUUCACAGCACUUCCUAUAUUGGACUAAACGUCAUCAUGUUGUGAGCAUGAACUGUCACGUUAUUUUCUUGCGUGUCUUUCUCGCAACACCACCCGCGACAACAAGGAGGGACGUCAUUUCCCGGGAAAUCUCUUUCUUUCUUUCGCGGUAAAUAUUUCUCCUAGCUUGUAGCCACACACUCGCUCUCGCUCUCGAUUUGCAUUUUAGCCUUUCACAACAACACUUAGACACACUCACCACACACUCACAACACACACACACACACACACACACCCGCACACAUAUUCAUGGAACCGCAACAACCCGGACGCGCCAAUCGGCUUUUCUCCUGGUGCGAAGCUUUCGAGCUAAUAACAGUGUCGGAGGAAGAUUCGGUCCACUCAUCUGAUCCAGAUUCUGCCGACAGCGGGGAUGAAGCCGACUUCAUCGAAGGGAGAGAUCCUUCAUAUGACAUAGUUGAUGAUGAUGAUGAUGAGGAAGUAGGCGUCUCAUCGCCCUGCAUCCCGGAGGGAGGCACAGGGAGAGGCAGAGGGAGAGGAAGGAGGGGAGGAAGGAGACAGUCUCCAUCAAACAGAGGUUCCAGAGUUGACGACGAUGAUGAUGAGGAGGAAGUAGGGGUCUCAUCGCCCUGCAUCCCAGAGGGAGGCAGAGGGAGAGGAAGGAGGGGAGGAAGGAGUCUGUCUCCAGUAAACAGAGGCUCCAGGUCAGAGACACUCCCUGGUGAUGCAGCUGGCUGGAGAACCGACCAGGUGCUGUGUAAUGGCCCAGGGACCUGCGUUCCCCUGUGUGUGGCAGGACUGCUGCUUGGAAUUCUGGGAAUGAAGAAAGUCCUGAUAGUUUACGUCGAAAGCAUUUGCCGGGUGCAGACACUGUCACUCACUGGAAAGAUCCUGUACCCAAUAUCAGACUACUUCUUUGUGCAGUGGCCCUGUCUGAGAGACAAAUACCCCAAAUCCAUUUUCCUUGGAAGAAUAGUGUGAAAAUACAAAUGUCGGAUUAAAAUAUGUAAUGUUUGUUGUAAUGGUCAUGAACACAUGCUGGUUCUUUUAUUUUUGAGUGAUGUGAUGUUGGUAUAAUUUAAUAAUUCUGUAGGUGUGAAAUUUUAUAGAGUGCAAAGUGUAACACCACAGUACACUUGAUGUAACAGAAAACAUAAGCUUCUAUAUAAAAAAAAAAUAACCUCAUAUAAUAGCUUAAGAAAGGACCAAAAUAUAUUUUUUUAUCUCUUAACUGAGGAGCUUCUUUCUGCUGUUGGUUGAAUAAGAAUUAAUGGAAUAGUUGCUUUGUUUUUCAGUCUGACAGAGCAGGCUUUUAUUUUGAUCAGUAGCCCACAUCUGUCUAUCAGCUUACGUUUCACUCUCACUUUACAUGCAGAAAUGCAGCUCUGUGUCUAUUACGGAAUGCUAUUUGUGCAAAUAAUGUCAUAGAAAUUGUGUGGUAAGAUAACAUAAAAAUGUGUGUUAACACAUAAAGAUGGUGUGUAAAGAUGAUGAGUGUGCUGAGCUGGUGGCAGAAAGGGACAAUAGUGGUGUCAGUGUGAGUGCCAAAUAAAAUAUAAAAAAACAUUAUAAUGUUUAUAUUUCUUAACCCCUUACAAUGAGUCAUUAUUAUAUCUAUGAGUUUGUGAUCUACAUGUGGUAGAAAAAAAGUUUUGUCUCCAGUUAAUUAGAAUCGCAAUAUUUAGGUUAUAAUCCCUGCUGUUCAUUGCUCAGUGGAGGAGUGUGUGUUAGGUUUAUAUGAACUGAAUUAUUUUAGUGGUGUAAGAUAGUCAACCUCAUUGUGAAAACUCAUGUUUUUCAAGCAUGUAUUUGCCUUACUGUUCUUGAUUAAUAGUUGUGGAGACGUCCCUGUAUAACAUAAUUUAAUGUGGAAGUACAACCUAUCAACUUGCUAGCAUGCUAGCUAGCUAAUGCUGUCUGCUUAUUAACACAUUAAUAACAAAGUAUAUUAAUUUUCACUACUGCUCAUUUGAAAAAAGCCACCGCAAGAAAAUGCGUUCUUUGUUUCUGUUAACUUAUAGCCUAUAAUGUGUGUUUAGGUCGGUUCCCAUCUACAUUCAGGCAGGGAAAAUGAAAGGCUAACAUUGGGGCAGCAGUAGCUCAGUCCAUAGGGACUUGGGUUGGGAACCGGAGGGUCGCCUGCUCAAGUCCCCAUCCAGACCAAAAUAUGGAGCAUGGACUGGUAGCUGGAGAGGUGCCAGUUCACCUCCUGGGCACUGCCAAGGUGCCCCUGAGCAAGGCACCGAACCCCCCAACCGCCCAGAGCGCCCGUCAUGGGCAGCCCACUCUGACAUCUCUCCAUUUAGUGCAUGUAUAGGUCCAGUUUGUGCAUGUGUUUGGACCUGUGUGUAAUUGAUAAACAGAGUCAAAAAUUGAAUUUCCCCUCGGCGAUUAAUAAAGUAUAUAAAGUUAAAACAUUAAAUUAAAUUAAAAUUAAAUUAAAAUUGGCAAUGUAGCUAACAUAGCUAGAGCACUAGCUAUGAGCUAGAAACAAACCUUUAUGAUCCAUCAUCUGUUUAAUAACAUAAAUAAAGAACACUUAUCUUGUGGUGUUCUUCCUAAAAUCAACACAAUGGCCUUCAAUUUAAUAUAUAUUUUUAAUAUAUAUUUAUAUAAUUAUAUAAUAUAAAUGCUGGGAGUUAAAUGAUAAUCAGUAGACCACAAAGCUUGUCCAUACUCUCCAAGUCAGAGGUGGAGGGUAUCUAGUACGAGCUUAAAGGCGUAAACCUGACAGAGUUGACCUCAAUAACCUUGCUAAAAUGCCAAAAUUUGAUACACUACAGUUUAAAAAAAUCAUCAUAACAGAGAGACGGUGUUGACAAGUUCCAGCUGUGACUGUAGGAAUAUCAACAUUGUUUUUCUAAAAUAUUGAAAAAUGUACAACUUCACAGAGGAUAUUUGGUAGUGCUGCAUUCAGCACAGUCAGGAGGAUGAAAAGUCCUCAAGGAUUUUUGCUGACCAUACUAUUGCCUGAUUAUUAUUAUAAAAAAGUCUGAUGGAGUUGACAGAGACUGAGGACACAACUUUGAUAGAUUUUUAAGGAAAAUAUUGUUUGAUGUUCACUUUAGGCAUUGUUUUAUAAAUAUAGAACCAUUCUUUUUAUUUUUUUAUGUGUAGGGAGAUGUUUGCUGAAUAUAAAGAGUCAGGGAGACACCCAGUUGCAUAGAAUGAUUGAACAUCCUUAACAUGAUAUGUGUAAUCUUGUCCGAGUAUUCUUCGUAAAACUCGAUGUUAAAUCCGUCCGGGCCGGCGGCUUUUCCAUUAGGGAAGGAACAUAUUGCCCCAGCGACCUCCUCUAGCAUUAUUGCUCUGUUUAAGUCAGUUUGUGCUGAGGGGUUCAAUUUGGGCAAGUGAAGAGAACAAAGGAAUCAGAAAUCAGACAUUUGUGCUGUAUUAGCGGUGGUCUUUGAAGUGUAGAGGUCUUCAUAAAAUUUGUGAAAGGAUUCAUUAAUCUCUUUCAGGUCCGAGGAGAUACCUGACUUUAUCCUAAUCUUAUGGAUUGCUUGGUUAUCUUGAAUGCUUCUGAGCUGAUGGGCUAACAGUUUGUCUGGCUUAUCAGCCAAUUCAAAAUGUUUUUGUCUUUGACUUUUAAUAGCAUUUUACUCACUUGGUGAGAAAGAAUAGUGUUAUAUUUGAAUUUAAGCUCCAAAAUAUUAUUCAGUUUUGAGGGCGAGGGGAUUGUUCUGUAGUCUCUUUCAAGGACCGAAAGCUGACCUGUAAUUUCUGAUAAUUCCUUCAGUAUGUCUUUUUUAAACUUGGCCUCGUAAGCUAUGAUAUGGCCACGCAUAACAGCUUUGAAAGUUUGCCACAGAGUGGAGUCGGUUACAUCAGACGUGUCAUUGUGGGAUAGAUAGUCUGUUAGCAGGUUAGCUAUAUGCUGGUGAAAGUGCAUAUUGUUGAGUAAUAAUGGGUUGAAUUGCCAAUCAAAUGCGGGUUUUGCUCUGCCUAAGUCAAUUUUUAGUUCAACAGGGCUGUGAUCUGAAAUUAAAAUGUUAUGAUAUAGGUUACAUAAGAAGUCAAUUUGGCAUCUAUCAGGAAAUAGUCAAUUCUAGUAUAUGAUUUGUGUAUGUGCGAAAUUGUAGUGUAUGUGGUAUUAGAAGGAACUGUAGGGUGGGUGGAAAGCCUAUUGGUAAAACAGUCUAAUAUAGCAUUGAAAUCUCCACCCGCGAUUAAAUGGGUGGUAGAGGAGUCUGGAAUAAGAUUAAACACUUUCCUAAAAAAAAACCUGAGUCGUCAAAAUUGGGCGCAUAUUUGUUCAAAAACGUUACAUGCCGUGAAAGAAUAUGACCCCUUACAAUGAGAUAGCGACCAUUCGGUUCAGAGAUGGUUGAAAUAUGUUCAAAUGGAAUGUUACAGCGUGUUAAGAUGGCUACACCUCUGGCUUUAGAAGAGAAUGUUGACUGAUAGAUUUGAGACACCCAACUACGUUUUAGCCAGGUCCAUGUCAUUGGUUCGACAUCCCAUUAGUCCGACUGUCCGCAGUGUGGAACGGCUCGCGGCGGGCGUAUGGUGCGCCGCGACCGGCUUGAGGCGGAGCAGGCUCACGGCUUAUGUGUUUGCCACUUUCUUUUUCAUUUUAACCCACACCAUGAUCUUUUCCUGACCCUAACCAAGUGGUUUUUGUGCCUAAACCUAACCAGACCUUAACCACAGGGCAUUAUGAUGAUGAUUUCGGAACGGACUUUGGAACAAUGAGUUUAAUAUGGUCGGAACAAUGGGAUGUUGAACCAAUGGGCAGUUGAACCAAUGGGCAGUUCCCGUUUUAGCCUCCAUUGCUCCUCGUGUUUGAUAUGCAUUUCUUGUAAAAAAAAAAAAAAAAAUGUCCCAAGAUACAGAUUUUAAAUGUGAGAAAACCUUGCCUCUCUCUCUCUUUAAAUUGAUCCCUAGACCUCUGACGUUCCAGCGAGGCUGGAGAACAACUAGCAGCCAUGUAUAAACAUUACCAGGAUAUUGUGACAUGUGACCAAUAAUAAUGAUGCUGACACUGAAUACAAGAGCAGGGAAAAGAAAAAAAAAGAAACAAAGCAGUGAAAAAAACACAUUAUUAAUCCCUCACCCCCAUCUAAUGAAAACCCCCAUAAACACUGGGAAACAGCUUAAUAACACUACAAGGAAAAGUCCGACCAGGCUGAUUUUGUAAAACAAAGAAGUUCAGCCAGCCAGAGAACACGUUUCUCGUGUAUAAAUAAACCAACAAAGACAGCGGAAGGAAGGAAGGAGGAGGAAACAGCAGAGAGUGUUAGUAGUUCGUCGAUAGAGAGUAGUAAAAAGUUUUUUUUAGUUAUAAAGUUUGCGAAUGGACCACACUUACCACGCAACAGGAGAGAAUGAACCCGAACCGUCAUCUGCGAGGAAAAGAAGACGCAACUUCACUCCUUGUGAUGCACUCUCUGCGGCGCUUUUCCUCCUGAUGAUAUACAGUAUCUCUCCAAUGAUGGUUGCACCGAAUCCCAUUCUGUGCAGCAAAAUGGGAGCGGAGGAUUCAACCUCUCUUCUGGCCUGCUCAGCACCCAACACAUGGAGUUCCUCAUCUGUAUACUCCGGCUCAAACAUGUAUGGCUCUGGAUUUGUGUCCGCUACAAGAAACUCCUCAAAAUCGCGUUCAAAGUCGUCCAUUGCAGCUACUAUAGUCCGGAGAUAUUGCUAGGCUAAAUAAACAACUGAGAUUUGUUUACAGGCUAUGCUGACAGUCAGUGUGCGGGCUGGAGAUUGGUGGAGCAGAGAGGUCUCACUGUAAGUGAGUAUGUGUGUAUGAAGUGUGUGUGUUACGCUAGAAGAGUCAGAGUUUGGGACGGAGUCUUUUACGUGCUACCCCCUGGAGUGUUACCAGAGUUUUUGGAAUGCUCAAAUAAACGGGCCUUUUUCCCAAACGCUACUCUGGUUUCCUGCUUGUGAGGGAUUCAUUACAGUAUCGUAACAUAGUUUAGAUUUCUAAAUAAAUAUUCACCUCGUCGCUAGAUAGACCUACUCCUGAAAAACUCGUGUCUGCACAAGGCUUUUUGUCCCUAUGAGGCCAUCGUCAUUUAGCCGACGGGAGGGAUGAGCAAGUGAGCCCUGCAAUCUAGAAUUUGACCACUGAUGUCACUGUUUUCAACGGUUUUCAACCCAUUUUACACACUGGCCCUUUAAAUUAAAAAAAUUCACUUUGAACGACAAAAAAGUUUUUUGAACUUAAAUGUACAUACUAGUUAUUCCAUGUGCCUCUCUCCUUCACAGAGUAAGUAAAAAAUCUGAUUCUGCUUAAAUUUGUGGACACAUGACCAUUUGUUUCGACAGUUGCCUAGAAACAAGGG